GAGGAGAUGGGACUGAGAUCCAGAGAAGAGCACUUCUCGCCUCACAGCAUGGCACUCCCUCUUUGCUGAGGGUGACACCUGUGUGCUCAGAUCUGUGCAGAGGGAUGUGUGUGCACUGGAGCAGGCAGGUCCUGCUCUCUGUGGUCGGGCUGCUGACCGUCCUAAUGGUUCCUGCUGCUCCACAACAGACCAACAGCCAGAGGGAGGCAGGCUCAUCCUGCUAUGGUGGAUUUGAUCUCUACUUUGUUUUGGACAAAUCUGGCAGUGUCCGAGGCUACUGGAAUGAGAUUUACUAUUUUGUUGUCCACUUGGCACACAAAUUCACAAGUCCACAGCUGCGGAUGUCGUUCAUUGUGUUUUCCACCUCAGGGAGGACACUUAUGCCUUUGACAGAGGACAGAGAAGAGAUCCGUGUCGGGCUGGAGGAGCUCAACUUGGUGGAGCCCGGUGGAGACACUUUCUUGAACAAAGGUUUGGAGAGAGCCAGUGAACAGAUCUACUACAGGAGUGGCGAUGCUCAUCGAACAGCAAGCGUGAUCAUUGCGCUGACAGAUGGAGAACUAAGGGAAAAUCAGUUUGAGGAUGCUCAAAGGGAGGCGGGCAGAGCUCGGCAGCUCGGUGCCACUGUCUACUGUGUGGGAGUUAAAGACUUUAAUGAAACACAGCUUUCAACCAUCGCUGACAGCAAGGAUCACGUGUUUCCUGUUAAUGAUGGAUUUCAAGCACUGCAAGGCGUCAUUGACUCAAUCCUUAAACGAUCAUGUAUUGAGAUUCUUGCUGUAGAACCAUCAAGUAUCUGUGAAGGAGAGUCCUUUCAAGUGGUCGUCAAGGGAAACGGCUUCCUUCAUGCAAGAAAUGUACAGAAAGUUCUGUGCAGCUUCCGCAUUAACGACACAGUCACCCUAAUGGAAAGACCCCUUGAGGUUAGAGACACUUAUCUUCUGUGCCCUGCUCCUGUUUUGGACAAAGUGGGAAUGUCAGCUACUCUCUACGUCAGUAUGAACAAUGGUCUGAGCUUCAUAUCGAGCUCUGUCACGAUCACUGCAAUUACCUGUUCUGAUGGUACAUUUGUGGCCAUAGCGCUGCUGAUCCUACUGCUGCUGUUGACAGCUGCUCUGCUCUGGUGGUUCUGGCCUCUCUGCUGCACUGUGGUGAUUCAUGAGCCACCUCCUCUUUCAGUCUUUGAUGAUUUCUCAGAUGAUGAUGAUGAUUAUCCAAAAAAGCGGUGGCCCACAGUCGAUGCUUCCUACUAUGGAGGGCGAGGAGUUGGAGGAAUCAAGAGAAUGGAGGUGCGAUGGGGGGAUAAGGGCUCUACUGAAGAAGGAGCAAAACUGGAAAAAGCAAAAAAUGCUCGAGUGGUGAUGCCUGAGCAGGAGUUUGAUUACCCUGUUCCACGGCCGUACUAUCACACACACAAGCCAGUGCGCCCACAGAAAUGGUACUCUCCUAUCAGGGGCAAACUUCACGCCCUGUGGGUUGUCUUGAGAAAAGGUUAUGACAGAGUGUCAGUGAUGAGACCUCAUCCUGGAGACAGGGGCAAGUGCAUUACAUUCAAACGGAGUCCAUCAUACCCUCCUCCUCGCUAUCCUAUCUACAACCAUCCGUCCACACCCGUAUAUACUCUACCCCAUCCACAGCAGCACCGAUGGUCAGACGAGGGUCUGAUGCCCCCAUCACCCACCUCCACCCUGCCACCCCUGCCAACUACACCACCACCAUCUUCAGUCUCAUUUAAAGCUUAUAAUACAUUUAGGCCCACGCCAGACAGAGAACGUCCCUCAUCCUCAAUCAAUGGGUCUGUGCCCCCACCUCCCAAUGGACCACCACCCUGUAGAGCCCCCCCACCUACACGGCCUCCACCUCACCCCAACAUGGACAUCUGAGCGGCGCUAAAGACUUGUCACAUUGCUGAUAUCCUACAACUGCUUUUGCUGAUCUUUUUUUUUCCAACAAGAAAAUGUUAGUAUUUUGGAGAAAUAAAAUAGUAGCCUAAUUUGACCUUGUCUGCUUUUUAUGUAUAUUUAACUGAUAUUAAGUUUAUUAAGUUUUUGCUAUUGAUUUUGUGAUAUAAGGAUGUUUAUCUGUGGUGUUUUUUUCUGCACACUAUUGUACAAUUUUAUUUUAGCACUAAUGGUUGUGACCCUAGAUAUUAUGUAGUUUAGAUGAGAUUGAUGAGACUGUAAAACAGACAUUAUGACCAUUAUCACAUUUUAUGAGCUGAACCUGUGUUGAUCUUAUGACUGAACUCAGGAAAAAAGUGACAAGUGUCCUUAUACAGACAUUUAGAUGGCUUUAUUUAAUGCAGUGUGCAUUUAAAUACACACACCUAAAGGAGAUGGCCAUUGUACUGUUUUGGAAUUGGGGGGUAAAGGCAUGCUUUGACAGUUUUGAAGUGUCAAAUGAGGAGGUUAGGGAGAAAAGAGUUUGGAGAGGGAUCAGCUGUUAGGAUCCAACAUAUGUGGAAAAUGUAGCAGCUUUCAAAAAAAACAUCUAGAGUCUUCUGCUCUGAUUUCUGAGUUGCCACUGUGAGUUAAGCAAAUCAGGGGGAGUGAAAAAUAAAACAAAACAUGCAUAUGUCAAUGCUCAUUGUCUUAAAAUAAAGCUCAUCUCUUGGGAUGAAGCAGUUACAGUUUCCUUUCAGUCCAAACACAUAGAAACUUUGGUAAGCAGUGAUUUUUCAUUGCAGUGGAUUAUGUAAGAUAGCCAUGCAGAAUCCAGUUAGCUGAGUCAACGGGAUGCUUUUUCCAUUCAGCUCCACCAAAACAAAGACCACAAUAUCUUUCCCAUGUGCCCGUGCACGGCAGUCUGCAAUUCAAGUGCUUUGACAGACUCUCUGCCCAUGGCUAUGAGCUCACAGGCGUGUCUAGAGAGAAGCCAGCACAGCCACUGCCAUCACAGGCUGCGGGAAAAGCAAUAGCCCUCAUUUAAUUUCAUAAGAAAAUAAUAAUUUUAUCCAGCACCCCAGUUUAAGCAGAUAAAUUUACAUUUUUAGACAUAUUCUGGUAUUAAAAAAAUCUAUCAAAAGGCGAGCCUGAGUCUGGGUUCAUAGACUUUUACUUUUACUUUAAUACAUUUAUAGAGACAUUAUAAAAAGCUGCAGCAUCACCUAUAUAGCAAUAGUAAUAAUGCGUAAACAUAACACUGUUUUCAAAGGCAGCAUGGCUUUUAAUAAAAAGAACUAGAAAGCAUAAUAACAGUAACAGAUAGAUACACAUUAAUAAACUUGGACUGCAUAAUAUACUUAUAGUAAGAUUAAAUAACCACAAAAAUAUGCCAUUGGGCAAGAUGGGUAACAUGGAUAGAGUUAAAAUUGCAUCUUCAUUUAUGUAAUAGAAAGCCAUAAAAUCUGAAUUGUAAAAGAUUUUAUGAAAAUGGUCUUUUAGAAUCAAAAUAAUAAUCAGAUUCAUUCAAAAUACUUACUAACCUAUAAUGAAAUGUCUAAACACAGACAAAUUGCUAUGAAUUUGAGCACAUAAAAUGUAACUUUUUAAUGGGGCUGGUGAUGUGACAAUAAAAAUGUAAUUGAAUCACAAACCCGAUUCCUUUGAUGAUCUGCUAUUCUGGUUAAAUCCAACGUCUUAUCAUGAUCAGCAGUGUGCACCAACAAAGACACUUUUCCCUGCCCACUCUUCUCUCUUUUUGGUCUUUGUCAUGGCAUGAGUGAUUGAGUAAUAGAUGGACUAAUUAAUUAUAGUGUAUUGUGAUCUCUGUAAAGACAUUAUUGCCUUCGCUCUGAAAGGCAAUAUAAGGAUAGUGUACAUCAAUGAAAUUAUGAUAUUGGCUCUAAAAACUACGAUAUGAACUUUUUGGCAUCUCAUCUCUAACCUUUAAUUGCAUCAUUUAUAGCAAUUCAAUGAGUUAGCAACACAAAAGCAUGCAGUACUGGGCCUAUAUGGUGAAUACUAUGUGCUCUAGUGUUUACAGCUUCCAUUAUAAUACUAAUGGCAAAUAGCAAGUAAUGUAAAGUGCAUUAAAAAGCUUCAGUACAGACAAAAUGUAACUGAGGUAGAGAUACUAUAUUGGCCAAUGCUAACUUUACAAACAAAAAAUUUGAAGGUAUUUUCACCAUCCAUCUGGAAAAUGUAAAAAAUAUUGUGGUGGAAAGUUAGCAGUUGGUUUCUUAUCUGGAUAUUAUUCUCAAAACUCUUCUUCCAAUAAUUGUCAUUAAUUUGAGUUCACAGAGCACAUUUUAACAUGUCUUAGUACAAUUAACUGUUCCAUUGACCAAUAUAAGAAUCAAGUGUAACAACAACCCAUAGCAGAUUUAGUUUGCUUACCAAAAUAACUGUAG